ACUUGCAAAAUAUUUGCAAAAAUUUUAAGUUGAACCGCUUUCAACUUACGUUUUGAAACAGCAGAAAAAAGCAGCGAUCAAGAUGUCUUUAGGAGGCAUAAAAGAAGGAGAAGUAACUUCUACUAUAUAUGGAAUGAUAAAGGAUCAGCGAUACUUUGAAUGCGUACAAACAUUAAAUAACAUUACUCAAACCUAUAGCAAGGUUGAAGAAUAUAAAAUGUACUAUGCCCAAUCACUUUAUAAAGCUUGCUUGUAUGAUGAAGCUAUGAGAGUAUCUUGUCAAAUUGAUAAUCCUGACUAUCAAGGACGUGUUUUGAAAUUACAAUCCGCCAUCAAAUAUGAAGAAGAUGAUAUUCCAAGUGCUCAGAGCUUAGUUGAACAAGCUCCAUCCGAUGAUCCAGAUACAGAAGUGAACCUCGCUUGUUUAUUAUAUAAAGAAGGUCGUUACGAAGAAGCCUGCAAAAAGUUUCAAGAUGGUUUGAAUGCAGCUGGCUACAGGCCCGAUUUAAGUUAUAAUAUUGCCCUUUGUAAUUAUGAAAUGAAGCGUUUUGCUCCAGCCUUAAAACAUAUAGCAGAUAUAAUUGAACGUGGUAUCAGAGAUCAUCCAGAAUUGAGCGUUGGUAUGACAACUGAAGGUAUCGACGUUCGAAGUGUCGGCAAUACUUUAACUUUACACGAAACGCAAUUAGUUGAAGCUUUCAAUUUAAAGGCGGCGAUUGAAUAUUUAUUAAAGAACUACGAUGCCGCAAGAGAAGCCCUAACGGAUAUGCCUCCAAGAUCUGAGGAAGAAAUCGAUGUCGUGACAUUGCAUAAUCACGCUUUAAUGAAUAUGGACACAAAACCAAGCGAAGGAUUUGAAAAACUUCAAUUUCUUUUGCAACAGAAUCCAUUCCCAAAAGAAACAUUUGGAAAUUUAUUACUAUUAUACGUUAAAUACGAGUAUUACGACAUGGCAGCAGAUGUUUUGGCUGAAAAUAUUCAUCUGAGCGAAAAAUAUCUAACACCGUAUCUCUAUGAUUUUCUUGAAGCUGUUAUCACAAGACAAACCUCACCCGAAGAGGCUUAUAAGAAGUUGGACGAUAUGGCAUCAAAACAAACUGAACAGUUAAGAAAAUUGACAAAAGAUGUUCAAGAAGCACGUCAGAGUCACGAUGACGAAGCUGUAAAGAGAAAAGUGAAUGAAUAUGACGAAUGCUUAGAUCGUUAUAUUCCAGUUCUAAUGCAGCAGGCAAAAAUUUACUGGGAUUUAGAGAACUAUACUCAAGUUGAAAAAAUAUUUAGAAAGAGCGUCGAAUUUUGUAAUGAACAUGAUACAUGGAAGUUAAAUGUUGCUCACGUUCUUUUCAUGCAAGACGGUAAAUUUAAAGAGGCAGCUGGAUUCUACGAACCUAUUGUUAAAAAACAUUUCGAUAAUAUACUCGACGUAAGUGCUAUUGUCCUAGCAAAUCUAUGCGUUUCCUAUAUAAUGACUUCUCAAAAUGAAGAAGCUGAGGAGUUGAUGAGGAAGAUUGAAAAGGAAGAGGAACAGGCUGCUUAUGACGAUCCCGAUAAAAAACAAUUUCAUUUGAGUAUAGUCAAUCUUGUAAUUGGGACUUUGUACUGCGCUAAAGGAAACUACGAAUUUGGAAUUUCCCGUGUAAUCAAAUCUCUUGAGCCGUUUCAAAAGAAACUAGGAACGGACACAUGGUUCUAUGCUAAACGUUGCUUCUUAAGUUUAAUAGAAAACCUCUCGAAACAUAUGGUGAUGCUGCGUGAUCAAGUUCUUCUCGAGUGUGUACAAUUCCUGGAACAGUGUGAACUUUAUGGAAAAGAUGUUAAAGCUGUAAUUGAACAACCUUUGGAACAAGAUCCUAUACCUCCGGGAAAGAAUACUGUAACCUAUGAAGCUAGGCAUUUGAAAGCAUUGUUAAUGCAGUUGAUGUAUUAG